GAGCACGUGCUGCUCGUUUCAAUUUUACAGGGCACAGCCACCCUUUAUUCGCGUUUCUCUGUGUUUCUCUAUACCUGGUAUACCUGUUCCCGAUUUGUGCGUGUGUACAUUCUGUCGGUGAUGGCUUGUUGGUGCAUCGCGGCCUCGUGUAUCUAGCGCUAGAGAUUUGAAUUUGAAAACGCUGACUAGUUGAUGUACAUUAAGAAGGCUAAAGUUAUGAGUGUUGAUCGUGGUUGUGCUUGUGCAAUGAUCUGAGAAAUAAGAGAUUCCUUGUUUUAGUUAUAUUGCUGAUAGUGGUGUGAGCAGAAGCUUGAAAGUGAAGUGAAAGACAUCGAGCUAGGAUGUACCGGGCAUCAAGAUGGUGAGGGGCAACCCAGCCAGACACACACAGAACAGGUGAAGCCUGCCUUUUGUUAGGCUUUUCUCGCGGCUGGCCGGCGGCGAUUGGUCGUCCGCGCGCGUGAGAGGCUCGUCCGGUGAACCCGCGUUGACAUUAGGUCACACUCAUUAGCCGCUGGCUUUCCGGGACUGUCUUCGUGCAUGCCCGGGACGAUCGUUGACCCCGGAAAAGGAAAAACAAAAAAACCAGAUGCGCAGCACGCUACGAAACCACAGCACCGCAAACCAAAGAUCACAUGCAGCAGCAGCAGCAGCACGCUGACAUCUGACGGCGAAGAAGGUGACGAAGAUAAUGAACCAACGGCGUGGCGAGGUGUGAUCCGAGCGGUGGUGGUGAUGAUGAUGAUGAUGAUGAUGAAAAGAGGUGGCCGCUUUCGGUGCCAUUAAUCAGACGUACGAUCGCGACUUUAUGCACACUUAAUUAGCUGUGUAAAUGUGCAAAAUGAUGUGAAACGACCCGCGAAUGCAUCGCCCAAGAAGUGAGGAAGCGUCUCUAGUCCUCAACUCAAGCUGCCAUCUUUAGCGCAGAGUGUCCGUGCAGAGUGUUGCUACUACGUGCGUUGUGAUUCCGUGGAGGGGUUCGUUCGAAUGGCCCGCAGUGCCCGUUGACACUAGCAGGAGAUAGUGUUUCAGUGUUCCAAAGGUGUUUCGACUGUGAUAGGUGUGUUUGUCGCGCGCGCGUGUGUGUGUGUGUGUAGUGGUUCACAACAAAAAUGAAGAUGACGUGUUGUUGGCUAACAGCGGGCCGAAGCAUGGAGUGUAGUGUAAGGAGACGUAGUUCGUUCACGCUGGUCGCGUGUGUCCUGUUCGUUGUGUUCGGAGUGGUGUUGCUAGUGGAGGCUGAGGACAGGAGCCGAACUGAUCGAUCUGCAGCUACCGGCAGCGUAGCAGCACAUCGUGAGGAGCGGACGGGCUGGGCCGCUUACCAGGAGCACCCCCUACCCCAUCAACAGAACCAUCGUCGCAACCAUCUGCAUCGCGCUGCAGGCCAUCAUCAGAGUGGCCGACGGCGACAUCAUCAAUAUCGGCAGACGAAGAACCGCCGUGCAAGAGCCCCACAGGAAGGUCGGGGUCGUGUGAAGAAAAGUGGUACCGGUGGUGUAAUCGACAACAUUUUAGCCCACGAUCCACUCGGAGGACCCCCGUUGGCCGAUUUGCGACAGACGCGCGAACGAAAACCCAACAUCAUCCUCAUCCUGACGGACGAUCAGGAUGUGGAGCUCGGUUCGCUGAACUUUAUGCCGCGUACGUUGCGCCUGUUGCGCGAUGGUGGAGCCGAGUUCCGGCACGCCUACACGACUACACCGAUGUGUUGUCCGGCACGGUCUUCCAUCCUGACCGGUAUGUACGUGCACAAUCAUAUGGUGUUCACGAACAACGACAACUGUUCGAGCACUACGUGGCAGACGACGCACGAGACGAGAUCGUUCGCGACGUACCUGUCGAACGCUGGCUACCGGACCGGGUACUUUGGGAAGUAUCUGAACAAGUACAACGGUUCCUACAUACCGCCCGGUUGGCGCGAAUGGGGUGGACUGAUCAUGAACUCGAAGUACUACAACUACAGCAUUAACAUGAAUGGUCAGAAGAUUAAGCACGGGUUUGAUUACGCGAAGGACUACUAUCCGGAUCUGAUUGCGAACGAUUCGAUUGCGUUCCUGCGUCAAUCGAAGCACCAGAACCACCGGAAACCGGUGCUGCUGGCGAUGAGCUUCCCGGCACCGCACGGACCAGAAGAUUCGGCCCCACAGUAUAGUCAUCUGUUCUUCAACGUCACGACGCAUCACACGCCAGCUUACGAUCACGCUCCGAACCCGGACAAGCAGUGGAUCCUGCGAGUGACGCAACCGAUGGAACCGAUCCACCGGAAGUUUACCGAUCUGCUCAUGACGAAACGAUUGCAAACGCUCCAGAGCGUCGAUGUGGCGGUCGAGCGCGUCUAUCAGGAGCUGAAAGCGUUGGGUGAGCUCGAUAACACCUACAUCAUCUAUACGUCUGACCAUGGCUACCAUCUUGGGCAGUUUGGACUGAUCAAGGGUAAAAGCUUCCCGUUCGAGUUCGACGUACGCGUACCGUUCCUGAUGCGUGGUCCUGGCAUUGAACCCGCUACGAUUGUCGAUGAAAUCGUCUUGAAUGUGGAUCUUGCGCCAACCUUCCUCGAUAUCGGUGGGGUAGCUCCACCACCUCACAUGGACGGUCGCAGCAUCCUGCCACUGGUGUUGAACCGCCACAAGGCGAUACUGGAUAAGUGGCCCGACACAUUCCUGAUCGAGAGCUCCGGGCGGCGAGAAACUCCGGAGCAGAUUCAGGAGCAAAAGCAACGUGCGGCUGCCGCACGCUACAGUGCACGGUUUAAUCUGCUGCACGCAAAUGGUACGGCGAAAAAGCUGGAACCGGAAGUGUUGGUCGAUAACAGGCCAACUGCUGGAGUCGCUGGAAUCGAUCACGUUGAUCUGACCGGUGAUCGCAAGGAGCUGGACUUUAGCUCUCACGAGCACGAUGAUGAUGAGGAAGAUCACGAUGAAGACGAUGAAGAUGAUCAUCAUGCAGCAACUGAGAGCGAAACGGAAACGCACGAUCUGAAGCGAAAUGACCAUCCGGAGGAUUACGUGAUUGACCACCAAGAGGCGCACGCUUUCGACCAAGCACCACCGCAGCAUGACAUUCACAGCCAGCAGCAGGGCCUGGAUAACACUCUGACACCGUUCCGCUCGAAGAUGGAUCGCCUCAAUACGGAAUGUUCCAAUCCUGCUCUUCAGCAAAACUGCGUCCCGGGACAGAAGUGGCAAUGCACGAGCGAGGAUGGUCGCUGGCGUAAACAUAAAUGUAAAUUCCAUGGCCAGCUACAGCAACACUUGGCCGAGAUGCAGAAACGGACGGGCUCGUCAGGAAAUGGCCGUAAUUGUGCCUGCUUCACGCCCGACAACUUCUUCUAUACCCGGAUCAAGACCAAGCGCGAUCAUACGAAAUGGCAACCGAUGGGCCAUUCGAUGCACCAGCGAAGACGUAACCGUCCGAAGCGUUCUCUGGUACCGGUGACGGAGGAGGGCGAUGAGAUUCUCCUGAUGGAGGCGCAAGGUCCCACGAUGGAAUCUCUGCUACAGGUUGUCGCUCAAAUCGAUAGCCUUAAUCGGGAACUGCUGGCGCAUGAGGAGGAGAUCGAAGGAUCCAGACGACGCAAACGCGAUACGACGACCACGUCAUCCUCUUUGGCCCAUCUGAAGGAUGUUGUGCAUGAACUGCAAGAGCAGCUAACACAAAUCAUGGAGAUGAUUGUACAGAAUCAUCAACAGAACGAAACCGCGGAGCAGGAUGUCUCCAUCAAUGGAGAUGGAGCCGCAGGUACCGUUCAGCGAUGUUUUGUGGUUGCGGCCGAUGGUAUUAACUGCUCCACGGUAGCCGAUACGACGAGUGAAACCUGGAAGCGUAGCCGUAUGACGGUGGAUCAGUUGAUGCGUGUGCUGACGGAGAAACGGAACGAAUUGAAGAACUUUAAGCGAACAUUGCGCGUACAGCGCCCGCCUGGUUAUCGAGGUGAAGAUUCCGAACCAGAGGACGAUUUAGAGGAUGAAGAUGACCUACCAGACAGUGGUAACAGUAGUAACAGUGGGAGCAAUGAAAAUGUCUCAUCUACUACCGUUGCCACCGCGACACCAUUGGUGAUGACGGGAUCCACCGACCAAACCGAGUCUUCGGUCAUCAACAUCCCUCGACGACCGGUACAAGGACAAGGAGUGGCUCGUCGACCGGCUGGAAAAUUCCCAAAUGGUUACGGACAUCGACGAAAGGUGGUGGUGAAGCCAUCUCCUGCACCAGGAGAGGAAGAGGAAGGUCCACUGAUUGAUACAAGCUUGUUCGCAACCGAAGAACAACCGUUGCCAGCGUCCAGUACCGUCGCUGGUCCGUUCAUGAACCGUACCGGCCCUGGUGGACGACAUCGUGGGGGUGCGGGAGCGAAUCAUCGCAUUAAUCACAGGGGACGUCAUCGAGGAUCGUCCCCGGCAGUGGUCAGUGCAGUAUCGUCCACGACUUCACCCUCUGAUGAUCGUGUUCGAUGGAGUGCCAGCGUAGAAUCGGAAGAUGCGAUCUCGGUAACGGAAGCGAACCGCGUAUCAGCGGGAACCAGCACGACGGAAGUAUCCGAAAGUCACGCCUCGACCAGUGAGGACACUAAUGUGUCCGCCAAUUCCGUCAACGGUGGUACACCGGCUACGACGGAGCAUAGCAGUGGCAAUGAUGCGGAUCGUAGAAUUGUACCCGAGCGGCGUAAGGUGUUUGCAAAGGAACCGCACUUCGCGGUAAACAGGACACUGGAGACACCGUACAAUGGAAAUGCGAUUCCGACGGCCGGUGUGGAUGCUACAAUUCCACCGACCGAGUGCUACUGUGCUGAAGAAACGGAAAGCUAUCAACCGGAUGAGAAAGAGUUGGCACGGGAAACACGGCGCCGGUUGAAGGAGGAACGCCAACGGAAGAAGGAACGGAAACGUAUCAAGAAAGCAAAGAUGGAGAAAGAGUGUCUAUCGGAGAGGAUGAACUGCUUUAGCCACGAUAGCAAUCACUGGCGUACGGAACCGCUGUGGGACGAUAAACCGUUCUGUUUCUGCAUGAACGCCAACAAUAAUACGUACAGCUGCAUACGCACGAUCAACCAAACGCAUAACUUCCUGUACUGCGAGUUCACCACCGGAUUAGUGACGUACUAUAAUUUGCGUAUCGAUCCUUUCGAGACGCAGAACCGCGAAUCUUCGCUGACGUCGGAGGAAAAGAAGGUUCUGCAUGAGACGCUGGAAGAGAUGAAACGGUGCCGUGGUAAGGCAUGCACGAUGCCACGCUACCAACAGAACACCCUGCCAGAAAGCAAUCUGUUGCCUCCGGCGACAGGGUACGGACUAGGUGCACCACACGCCGGUGGUCUUGGAAGUCGUCAAACAGGUGGAAACAUACCACCGUACGGCGCAGGACUGGGGGCUGGUGCCGGCGGUGGAAACCGGCGAUCGAAGUAUCAUCGGGAUCAUACCGUGAAUCAUGGUGCUAGUGGAGUUGUUGGUGGUGGUAGUGCUGGUGUUGGACAUUAUCCGGUAGAGUACGACGGUAGCCAAACGUUGCAUGGAGCCGUAGGUGUAGGAGGCAACUCAAAGAAGAAAAACAAAUUCGGCAAACGAAAACAUCAUCAACAACAGCAGCAACAACACCAGCAGCAGCAGCACAACAACCGUCGACAGUUUGGCGAGGUGAUUCCACCACACGAAAACGAUUUCAGCCUAGUAGGAACGUUACCAGGAGAGGGCCAUGGAGCCGUUGGUACCGGUGGAACAACGAAACGCAACCGAACGAGCCGUCGACCUGUCUGGCACACGAUCUACAAGGAGUAAAUCCGUUGCAGUUCCAUUGCGAUGGCGCAACAACGGAAGUGCAAUCGAUUCAAAAGCGAAGCCAAAAAGCAACCGUUCACUUGGUAGGCGUAUUGGGGGGUCUUGGGUGGGUAUCAUGCUGGCCCAACCACCAACUCUACGUGUAACGCCACUUUUCGAUGCGUUCUCUCCUCUCUAUCUAGUGUAACCGCUUAGUGUUCUCUGUGUUCUCGGUGUUUAGGUUAACGUUUCGUGUGAUCCCCUUGCAUCCUUGUACAUUGAUUCGUGUAACUAUAGUUUUACCCUUCCAUUAGUCCGUCGUAUUAUCGAUCACAGACACACACACACAAUCGGUUACGCACAGUUUUUAAUGGUCGUACACUGCCAUUCCAAUGCAAUCGAACAAAAGUGAAGAAGAUGCUGUUGAUGAUGGUGCUUUAGCAACCAGAAUUUCAGCUCCGUAUGCUUCAUAGAGAGACAAGAGGAUGAGCUAUCCGCUGGAAGAAAAUGGAAGGAAGCUUUAAUAUAAUUCCGUAGAGUAGUAGGAGCUGUGGCGGUGGAUUGGCAGCAGAAAACAAGCAGCACAAGUGCACAGGCUAGUAGGAAUGAACAAUGAGGCAACCCAGUUUUAAAGAAUGUUUUAAUUUAAUUUAGUCCAAUGUUAUUUAUCUAAUGAGCUGAUUACGACUUUGCUAAUCAAUCAACAGGUACACGAUCGAAGGUUUUAAACUACGAAAGAGUCGAAUGCAUCGAUUAUACGACUAAUACGCCCAGUCCCAUCCAAAGGGGAUAUGAAUUUUAGCUUAGGUUACAGCGCUGCUUUUGUAAAAUCCGUGCAACCGUGUACCCCCGGCAUGUGCUUUGCGUCCUCAGAAGGUUGACAGAAAUCGUAUUUAUUGCUUUAGUAAAGUACAUUGCACAAGUCAAGCGAGCGGAAAGAGGGAGCCGAUACUUUAGGACGUUCGGCAUAAGAUAUAUGCUGUGCUCAUCGAGAUGAUGCUCUGCCGGCUUUACGGCAAACGGCAACUUCGUGUUGAAAGCGAACCCAAUCGACGGCGCAAGUGGUAAAUGGUCGGCAUCAACCCGCGACCAGGAAGGUGAUGCACAAACAAAUAAUCUUAAAGAUAACAUCAUUUAACGAUAUGAUACUGAGUAGUGCUGUAUACACAACAGUAGUGAACAUAGAAAACCACUCAACGCAACAUAAAUUCCUGGGUUGAGAUAAUUGAAACUGUGUUUUUUUU